AUGUCCGUCAGAAAGUGGGUGACAACCCUGAAAGGUCUCGAUACGCUGCACCUCCAGGAGGACAUCAUCCCCACACCCGGCAAAGGCGAGGUCCUCGUGGAGAUCCGCGCUGUCUCGCUGAACUACCGUGACACAGAAGUCUGCAAUGGCGAAUACACCCAUCACAAAUCCAUUGGCCAGGAUGACUCCAUCGUCCCGUGCUCGGAUUCGUGCGGAGUAGUCAUACAGGUCGGUGACGGCGUGACGACUCUCAAGACCGGCGACCGCGUCCUCUCUCCCUUCCUCCCCGAUCACCUGACCGGCCAGGUCACCGAGAAGGAACUCGCCUCGGGAUUGGGGUUUCCGUUGGACGGCGUGUUGGCAUCGCAUAGGGUAUUCUCCGCGUGUGGAUUGGUGAAGGCGCCAGAGUAUCUGAGUAAUGUGGAGGCAGCGACGUUGCCGAUUGCGCCGGUCACGGCUUGGAUGUCGAUUAAUGGCAUGCGGCCGAUGGGGCAAGAUGGUGGUGCGGGGGAGUAUGUGUUGCUGCAGGGAACGGGUGGUGUUUCAAUUGCAGGGUUGCAGAUUGCGAAGGCUGCGGGGGCUAAGGUGAUUAUUACCUCCUCUUCCGACGAAAAACUCGCCCAAGCAAAGGCGCUGGGCGCCGACUACACGAUCAACUACCGCACAAACCCCGACUGGGAAAAGAUCGUUAUGGAGAUGACCAACAACCACGGCGCAGAUAUCGUCCUCGAGACUGGUGGCGCAAAGACACUCAAGAAGAGCUUCGAUUGCAUUGCUUUUGGCGGUCUCAUUGACUGCAUCGGUUAUCUGUCUGGCAAGGUGGAUGAGCCGGAUGACCGCACAAACGUCAACGUGCUUGCAUUGCGGAGAAAUGUAACCCUCAAGGGCAUCAUCAACGGACCCAAGGACAGAUUCGAGGAGAUGAUUGGAUUCUACGAGAAGCACCAGAUCCGGCCAGUGGUGAACCGGGUGUUUCCCUUCGACCAGGCCAAGGAGGCUUUCAACUUCUUGUACAGCGGAAGCCACUUUGGCAAGGUUGUCAUUACUGUAUAA